AAGAGGAGAGAGGUUACAAACGAAUUAUACAAAAGAAAACGAAUUCCAAUUAAAUAUAUGUAGUGAUGUAAAUGUUAUAUCGGCAUUCUCAAUAUAAAUAGAUUUAGAUAUAUAACGAGAACUAAGAAAUUCAUAAUUUUUAUACGUGAUAUAAAUUUCUUUUGCUAUCGUACUGAUGAAUGGCCACGAGAACAAAAUGAACUUACCGCUGGUAUACUUUGACAUGUCUGUGGAUGAUAAAUCAUUAGGACGUAUUGUAAUGCAGUUACGGACUGACAUUGUGCCAAAGACAUCGGAAAAUUUUCGUGCUUUGUGUACUGGAGAGAAAGGGUAUGGUUAUAAAGGAAGCUAUUUCCAUCGUAUAAUUCCGAAUUUCAUGUGUCAAGGAGGUGAUUUUACGAAUCACAAUGGUACUGGUGGAAAAUCCAUCUUUGGAGAAAAGUUUGAGGAUGAAAAUUUUGAACUCAAACACAAUUGCUCAGGUACAUUAUCAAUGGCAAAUUCUGGCUCGAAUACAAAUGGCUCGCAAUUUUUUAUUACCACUGUAAAAACGCCUUGGUUGGACAAUAAACAUGUUGUAUUUGGAAGUGUUCUUGACGGAAUGGAUGUUGUAAAGAAAAUUGAAAGUUAUGGUUCAUCGAAUGGAAAGACAUAUCAAAAAAUUAUGAUAGCAGAUUGUGGCCAAUUUUCAUGAGCAUUAAAUAA